AUGACGACUUCGUUCCCUCUCUUACGCCUUCCAAGGCUAGCACUGAUUCAUGUUUUCCAACAAAUGGAACUUAUUGAUGUAAUCGCUUUAUCUCUCCUCUCUAACCAAGCGAGAAUUUUAUCAAAAACUUCUUGUGGUCUAUCAGUUACUUCUAUCAAUAUAGCGGCUAUCAAUCACUCUCUCAAUCUUGACAUAGUCCUAAGUGAUGACAAAAAACUACAAAUACUUUUAUGUCUCAUACCUGAGAAUUAUAAGGAAUUUGUGGUAGUUUCUGUUGACAACAAGACAGUUAUAUGGCGCACUUUGGGGCUUUCGACGACUGAAUGCGUUCAUCGGAUUCUGGAUGUAACCAAUUGUGAAUCAAUUCAAGAAUUGAAAUUCUACGGAACAGAUUCAUUUGAUGAACUUCCUAUUCUAGCGAGACUACCACAUAUCGAACAAAUCUAUAUCUCGCGUGACUGUAACGAAGUUUUUGUUCACAAAAUGUUGGAAAUGCUCUCGAAAGUGACCUCGAAUAUUGAUAUGUGUCAAGACUGGUUCAGAAACCUUGAACAAUUUCAAAAAGUUCUUAUGUUGAACAUGAAUAGCAUCACAAUCUAUGCUAUGAAUCUUAGGGACCCAACCCGUGUUCGACUAUCUUUAGAUGACCUUCUCAUUUCCAAUGCUGUACAUCUACAUCUUUAUGAUGUCAUGAUUAGUGUGAAAACUCUCAACCGUUUUUUCAAGCUGUGGAUGAGAAAAAAGUCUAAUCCCCGGUUGGAACAUCUAAAAUUCAUGACUAUGGAAGAGGUGAGUCCAGAUGUCCUCCUGAAGGGACUCAAUGCUAUCGAGAUGCCUCAAACUACAACGAGAACAUUUCGAGUCUCGGACCAUACUAAUUCUCGGUGCCGAGAAAAAGUUGUGACUGGAGGGUUGGAUGUAAUGAGAUCGGAUGGGACACGAGCAACUUUGGAAAUUAAAGCGAUGCCUGGAACAACAAUUUUAGACUUUUAUGUUUGGAUGUGA